AUGCCAUACAACGAGCUGCAGAGGCGAGACUCGUGGCCUCCGACUAUCAUCCGCCUGCGCGACGGAGAAGAAGAGAACCUCGAUAACAUCGACGAGAACCCGAUCUCCUUCUUCCUGACGUCCCCCGAAGACAUUGAUGAGUUCCUCGACGAUGAGGACCUGUCCGCCGGCAUCGAGACUCCCGAGUCAAGCCACACCCCUGUACGAGAAAUCUCCCCCUCGACGCUACAGCGUGUUCCACUCGAAGCAGACGACGACGAAACCUUCGGCCUCGCGAUGCCCAUGGCGUUGAAAGACUUCACAGCAAAACACACAAGCGGACGCAAGUCCAGGGUAGGCACAAGACCAGACGAACUCAAGGGUCUCGGCAUCACUAUCAAUAUCCCGGAGUUCUCGGCCACAAGGGGCAGGCCGAAGGUCCGGCUUACGCCGUCGCUGAGCGGGAGGGGACGAGGUCAGACGCGGUCUCUGUCAGCGCGGCGGCCGCAGAGCUGGAGGGAACCGAGUCCGGACAUUUGGACUAUUAGGGAGGAGAGGGAGAGUGAUGAUGAGGUGAAGAUGAAGGUGGGGAGGACGGACACGCCGGUUUCGAUGAGCGCGCCGGCCAGCACAAAUUUGGGAACUAUGGCAAUGAUGACGCCAAGUCCGAAGCCGAAGAAGAGAGUUCAUUGGGCAUGUUGA